AGGCCAGGUUAUGGCACCAACGGCCGGCAGCUAUCUAUACUGGCAAAUUUCUAUCAAGUCAGGGCAUUGGGAGGUAAAGGUCGUGUCAUUCAUCACUAUGACAUCGAAAUCGAUCCCGCGGUCCCAGUAACGAAUCAAAAGAAGCCCAAAAGUCUCAUGAGGACCGUUUGGGAGCAGCUGGUGGUCGAGCAAGUUUGCGCGAAUUCGGAUUGGACCCCCGGAUUCAAGACAUGUGCGUUUGAUGGACGUAAGAAUGCGUUUACUCCGAUCGAGUUCCCGAUCCCGCGAGAUGUGACCCACACUUUUACUACUGCCAUUACCCAUGAUGCUGUCGUUCAGCGUAGUCGAAAUGACUCGUCUUCCGAUGAAGAGAUGAAAAGGUGGAAGGUCAAGGUCCGCCACGUCGCGAUCAUCGAUCUCGAAUUAGUGAUGAAGUACUGUAGGGCGGAUGAAGGAGCGCCAAGCAAUGAAGAACAAGUACUGACAGGUGUCAUGGCUGUGAACGUCCUGAUGAGGGAUCAUCCCAGUCGCACCUACGCCCAGUGUGGUGCCUCUGGCAAUCGAUUCUUCACCAUCGAGCAAGCUGUGGCCAUCUCUCACGGGGCCAUCGUCGCCCGUGGCUUCAUGCAAUCAUUCUGUUAUUCAAGCUCAGGGCGCCCUCUGUUAAAUCUGGACAUUGGCUUCUCCGCCUUUCUGGACUCUGGUCCACUCCUGCAGCUGCUCCCCAAACUCAUUGGUCGCGGUAUGGGUGGAGAGAGGGGGCGCAACCCACCGCCUGGAGGAUACUACGGUGGCGUACAGAGCACUCCUGAGAUCACCGAACUCAACGAGAUGGAGAUCAAGAGGCUUAAGGACACACUCCGAGGUGCCAAGUUUCGAGUAACACAUCGACACAGUAGCCGUCUCCACACCGUCAUGUCUGUCACAUUGCAAAGCGCCGAGCGUAUCACCUUCUCCAUGCAGAGCAAAGACGGGCGGGGUCAAGAUCAAGUACUUUCCCUUCCGCAGUAUUUCAGAGACUACUAUCAGGCUACAAUCACCAGGCCCAGGCUACCUUGCAUACAGUAUGGGAAGAAAUCUUUCAUUCCCUUCGAAUUCGUCGAGCUGGCUGAGUGGAACUCCGUGGCGGCGAUGAAGCUCACUCCUGAUCAAACGGCAGAAAUGAUACGCAUCAGUGCGGUGAAGCCUCGAGAAAGAGCGGCGAAGAUACAACAAUGGCGAGUUGACCUUGCCUAUGAGAAACAAGAGAAGAUUUCGGCCUGGGGCUUGCAAGUAAACAAACAGAUGGUAGAGCUCAAAGCGCGAGUUCUGGCUGCACCUUCAGUGAAGUAUGCCAAUGUGGACGUGCGCCCCGAAGGUGGAGAAUGGAGUCUCCGUGCCAAAAAGGCGAGUUGCUGCUUCAUCCCCCUGAAAGCAUGGGCCUUCAUCUCGUUCGAUAAAUUUCUGGACGAGGACCCGAUGCGUCGCUAUAUUCAGUAUCUGAUCGACGUCCUCGAGGCCCAUGGCGUGGAGGUCGAAAAUCGACAUCCUCCUUGCAUAGGCCCCAUCAAUCCAUUUAACGAAGCUCGCCGACUAGAAGCUCUACAAGAAGCGGCAAGGGAUGCUUACAGAGCUGGAAAACGCAAUCCACAACUGAUCUGCGUUAUACUUCCGGGCAAGGAUGCAUGGCUGUAUGAAGCCAUCAAAAAGAGCUCAUUUGUGGAUCUGAAAGCUCCAGUGCCAACUCAGUGCAUGCAAGCUGCGAAGAUCCGUACUCAUCGUGGUAUCGAAGCGUACACUGAAAAUUUGGUGAUGAAGAUUCAAAGCAAGCUGGGUGGGAUCACUCACCGUAUUCCUUUCAAUCAACUUCCCGGCAUGGUGCAUGGUAGAACGAUGUUACUUGGUGCUGAUGUUGGUCAUCCACCAAUCAAACCCGGCUUAGACAACGCUCCUUCCGUUGCCUGCUCGAUCGCGACCACAAAUCCGGAUUGCGAUGCGUUCACGCCCCAAAUUCGUCUUCAACGAGGACGCGGCGAGAUCAUUUGUGAUCUCGCCGAUAUGGUAGUGAACCACCUGCGCAUCUUCAAGGACAGAAACGGAGAAUAUCCUGAACGUAUUCUGAUCUUCCGCGAUGGGGUCUCUGAAGGGCAGUAUGCGGCGACUCUCCAGUACGAACAUCACGCCGUACAUCAAGCAUGCGAGCGUCUUCAACGUGGGUAUCGCGCUCGUAUUUUGGUCUGCAUCUGUGCGAAGCGUCAUAAUACCCGAUUCUUUGGCAGCGAGCUGGAUAUCGACAAGACCGGCAACCUUCCGAGUGGACUGGUGGUGGACCGUUCGGUAACACAUCCAUUUGUCUUCGACUUUUUCCUCCAAGCUCAUUCGUCACGAGCUGGUACGGCUCGACCCACCCACUACGUCUGUCUCUUGGACGAACUCGGCAUGACCCCCGAUGAAUUGCAACAACUCGUAUACAAUCUCUGUCAUUCAUUCAGUCGAUGCACCAAGAGCGUGUCACUCGUACCCGUUUGCUACAUCGCCGACCUUGUAUGUCAGAAGGCUAGGAUUAUAGUGCAUGAACGCGGCGGUUCGACGACAGCUCCGUCCGAGUCAUCUGGG